GAGGAGAGUGCCCCGCUACCUGCUCCGGAUUUCUGGCUGCCUGCAUGGCUCCCGGGCGCUGCAGAGAUUGUGGGGGCUGCUGCUGCUGAGCAACAAUACAUUUCUUUGAACUCAACCUCAACUUAUACCAGUAAGCAGGGAUGGCAACACUACUGGAGCUUUGGAGCUGCCAAGAGAGCCAGGGAACCUGGGUUUUGGUUGCCACUGUCUAAUACAUGGGAGUAAAAUGGAAUUUCUUACCUGGGUUUUUCCUGCCUUGGUUCUACUGUGCACCCAACAGCACAGGUGUAUCAGAGCUAUGAAUGACAUCGGAGAUUACAUAGGUUCCAACAUUGAAAUAUCCUGGUUACCCAACCUGGAUGACUUGAUGAAGGGUUAUGCACGUAAUUUCAGGCCUGGGAUUGGAGGUCCUCCUGUUAAUGUUGCUCUUGCAAUUGAAGUAGCCAGCAUUGAUCACAUCUCAGAAGUGAACAUGGAAUAUACCAUGACGGUGUUUUUACACCAGAGUUGGCGAGAUGACCGGCUGUCUUACAACCACACCAAUGAAACUUUGGGCUUAGACAGCCGGUUUGUGGACAAGCUCUGGUUGCCAGAUACUUUCAUAGUAAAUGCCAAGUCUGCCUGGUUCCAUGAUGUGACCGUGGAAAACAAACUUAUCAGGCUCCAGCCAGAUGGAGUCAUUUUAUACAGCAUCAGGAUUACCUCAACAGUGGCCUGUGACAUGGACCUUUCCAAGUAUCCAAUGGAUGAGCAAGAAUGCAUGUUGGAUUUGGAGAGCUAUGGCUACUCUUCAGAGGACAUCGUCUACCACUGGUCAGAAAACCAGGAGGAGAUCCAUGGGCUGGAUAAGCUGCAGCUUGCUCAAUUCACAAUUACCAGUUACCAGUUCACAACAGAAAUGAUGAACAUCAAAUCUGCAGGUCAGUUUCCCAGGCUCAGUCUCCACUUCCACCUUCGGCGCAAUCGAGGAGUUUACAUCAUUCAGUCUUAUGUUCCUUCUAUCCUACUAGUGGCCAUGUCAUGGGUAUCCUUCUGGAUCAGUCAGUCAGCUGUGCCUGCCAGAGUGUCACUAGGUAUAACUACUGUUCUUACUAUGACUACACUGAUGGUCAGUGCCCGAUCUUCACUUCCACGAGCAUCUGCCAUCAAGGCACUUGAUGUUUACUUCUGGAUUUGCUAUGUGUUUGUCUUUGCCGCACUAGUAGAAUAUGCAUUUGCACAUUUCAAUGCUGACUACAUGAAAAAGCAAAAGAACAAGAUAAAGGCAAGAAGGCAGAGUGGAGAGAUAAAUGUGAAGAAUGCCAUUGUUCUGUUUUCCCUUUCCAUAGCUGGUGUGAACCAGGAACUGGCCAUUUCCAAUAGGCAGCACCGAAUUCCCAGAAGCCUGCCUGGAUCAUAUGGCACAAUAGAAAUAGAAACUGGAGAGACAAAACAGCAGCAAGUAAUGAAACUGGAUAAAAAGAGUGGUCUGAAGUCCCUCUUUAAGCCCAUUGAUGCUGAUACCAUUGAUAUAUAUGCCAGAGCCGUGUUCCCAGCAGCCUUUGCAGCAGUCAAUGUUAUAUACUGGGUUGCAUACACAAUGUAAAAAAAAAAAAAAAAAAAAAAGAAAAAUUAACGUGAAGAGCUAUGAAUUGAACAAUACAUACGGACUACAAAGCCCUUGCUGAAACUGUAUUAGUCCAUCUCAUCUCAACAUAUUUUCCAGUGAGCUCGAGACAUUUCUGAAGU